GUUUAGAUGACCUUCGCUAGCGAAGACGAUGCGCUUCGAAUGCGCUGGGCUCUGGUAUGUUCCGUGCCUGACGCUACACAAGUCGAUUAUCUGAGCACCUUUUCUUCGUGGUUUCUUGCUGAGGUCACAAAAGUGGCUGCAAAACUGAAUAUCUAUGCACGUUUCGAAGAACGCCCAAAGGUCGCCAUGCAUGUGCCCGUUGGCGAUUUCGACGCUUGCGCAGCUGCUUAUGAGAAGAUCCGACUGAAUUGGCCUUCGGUAAUGUUUGUCUUGCACAUACUACCUGAGAAGAAUUCUUCUGAAUAUGAAUGGAUGCGUAGUCUGAGCACAGCACAUGGUUUUGUACGACAGGGAGUUUUACUGGAGAAUGCGAUGGAUAAAUUUGCUAGCGUAGCACAAAAGGGAGAUGAUCUCUUUACUGUAUUCAGUAACGUCGCUCAAUGGGUCGCCCGUGCAACAAGCAAGCUGUGCCUUGAUAAAGAUCCUGUAAAUAAACCUUACGAUCUCCGCGUUGGGAAUGGUGCCGCCAUGCCGGUAGGUGUCCGAAUCGAACCGGAUGCUAUGCAAACCGCGGUAACAACAGUUUUAUCCGGUUCUCAGCCUUUGUUGCCUUUGCAUCGAGAAGAGUCUGCUGUAGUAGUGACAGGAUUUCCGCCAUCACUCAACGAAUAUGGUAUCGCGCAACUGUUCCCUGGGCUCAAAGUAACGGGUGUAGUCAUGUUGAACGAUAAGGCUACUGUCACCUUUGCCACGAAGUUUUUGGCCUAUCAGGCUUGUGAAUUUAAUAUGAAAAAGAUAGAUAGAUUCCAUACACUGCGUGUCGAAGCGUUGUCUCAAGAAGUCAAGGAUCAAUUGGAGUUGACCAAGAAAUAGCAAGUUUUCUGAUGCCAUCAUCAUGAUAAUGUAAUGCCGGUUUGCUAUUAUGCACUGCUGUGUGUUUAUGGGUUUUUACGUUUUCGAGUUUCUCUGUACAUUGAAGAUGCUUUGUUCUCAUUUUUUUUACAAGUAAUUGCUCAGGUUGUUUACCCUAUAUUUGCAUUUCUGCUGCACUAUUU